AUCAAGAUGGGGACGGCGACUUGCAUAUUUGUCCUCACUUUUCUCUCUUUCUGUGCUGUUUUUACUGAGGCACAGUAUGAGGAUAAGAGAUGUAUCUGUAUAUGCCCUGAUCCUUCUGUCAUAAAUGGUACCAAGAGUAACCGCAUGGUCUACAAGGAACCUGUUGCCCCAAGCAAAUGUGACUGUGACAAUGUUGUACUACCAAGAGUAGCAGACGAUAUCAAAGGCCGUGAACAAGAAUUUUGUCCACGUUGUGAGUGCAAGUAUGAGAGUCGUAACAGUAAUACAAUCAAGGUUGUAGUAAUCCUUGUGAUUUGGAUCAUCUCCUUGUUGGUUGUGUACAUGGCCUUCCUCCAUUGCCUGGACCCACUACUCAAUAAGAGAAGGUCACAACCCUCUUACCAGGAACACACCAAUGAGGAUGAUGAGGCAGGCACUGUUGGAGGUGCUCCAGGCAUGGCACAGCCACUUCGUGUCAGACCCAAUGUCCUCGGUCGUGUGGGACACCAACAAGACAAAUGGAAACGGCAGGUGCAAGAACAGCGUAGAAACAUAUACGAUAGACACACCAUGCUGAAUUAGUUGGAGUCUGCAGUCUUUGAAACUUAAAAUACUGUACUCUUGAUUGUGUACAUGGAUAUUACCAAAUUGUCUGUAUUAGGUGAUCAUGAUAAAGAUCAGGGAAUAUACUGUCUAUUUGUUUAUACAUACAUUUUAAGAUGUGAUUUUUUUAUCAUCAUUUUAUCUUGCUGCAUCUCUCCUUCUCUCAAGCCACUCUUUGUUCUCCUCUCAUUUUGUCACUCCUCAUCUCUGUUUAGCUAAUUGAUUUUGAUUAUAUAAUAGCUGAUUGUAUAAUUUAAUCCAUGUAUACGCUAGAUAUGUAGUUUUUGUAUUAUAUUAUAUGUAUAUUGGCAAACAUAGUUCCAUAUCCUUGGUAAAUGAUAUACCAGAAUUUGAUAUGAAAGCAAUCACAUAAUACAAGAUUUAACAGUAGUAUGCCAUAUAUUAAAAAGCAAAAGCAACACUUAUUUAUUACAUUCACUGCUAAGUCACAGCAAAAAUUGUUGACCCAUUCACUCUCAGAUAUUUUAUAUGGAAGUUGUGGUGAAAAAUGAAAUUUAUUGAUGUUUCCUUAAGUAAUGCUUGUACUUUGCAAAAAGUUUGUAAUGCAAAAUCUGGGGUAAUGCAGGAAUGAGAAAGGACUAAGGUAACAAGUUCCUAGGAAACUGAUUUGUGUAUUUUAAAGGUGACCUAGGGCAGAAAUUUUUGCAUAUGUAUAGCAUGGUAGUGAAAGGCUCAACAGAAAUAAUGAAUAAAUGUUAUGUGAAAUAUGGUAUAUAGCUUCCUUGUUUAACAGAAGUGAGUGUAGUUCUUUAGUGCAUUCUGUUCUAUAACAUAUUUACAUAUGCAUUUUCCACAACUGAAAUAAACAUUCUUCAGUAAUGGAGAAUUUGAUAUAUUCUAUUGUAAAUUGAAAAUAUCACUGUUCUUGGACUUUUGUGAGUAUACCUGAAAGGAGAUAUCAAAGGUUUUUAGAAUAGAAAAGAAUCCACUGUAUAUAAGUAUUUAGUACUGUAGAAAUGAAGAUUAUACAAAAUUAACAAGUAUUACUCUAGGUUACAUUGGAUCCCUAUAAACAAUCCUGUACUCACAUUAUUGGCAUAAAGUCAACAACUGAAGGUUUUUCUUGUGAUGUGAUAGUGUAAAAAAGUAAUGAUUCAUAAUUAUAAUAUAUGAAAGAAAAGACAGAAUUUUACUCAUGUAUGUAUUAAUAGAAAUAGAAAUUAAAUACUUAUAAAAGAAAAGUGUACACAUGAAUGCAUCUGUUGAUAAAGACAAGGAAGUAAGUUUUCAUUUGCACAGAAAGUCUAGUCUUACUCAACUAGAAAUUAGUAUGUUCAUCAGUGUUCAAGAUAAAGAUAUGGAUGACUAGAUUCUUUAGGGAUAUGUACCAGAUGUAAUUAGAUUAAGCAACAUUUUUUUUCAUUCUAUAUUCCUAUUUUGUUACUUGUAUGUAUUCUAUUUAUAAACUGAAAAAAUAUAUAAAAAUACCAGUUAGAACUUGCUACUACAACUGUUACAACAACAAUUUAUAUUGGGAAAUAAGUACCUAAUGUCACAUAUAUACCUGCAUCAUUUUAUCUUCUUAAUAAUUACAUGCUGUUUGUUUUGAAGGAAAAAAAUCAUAUGUACUGUGUUUUUGUCUUAAAAUCGUUUUGUGCUAAAAUAGCUUUUUCUGUAUUCAUUAACAGCUGUAUUUUUAUUGUAGAUAUUAUUACUUCCAAAUAAAUUUAUUACAUAU